AUGAAGUCAUCAAAAGGCAUCAAUAAUUUGAAGAAAUCUGCUGUUGCAAACCAUAUUCUGAGCAACAAUCACGAAUAUUUUGGAAAGAAGUUACCAAGUGAAGAAUCAGAAACCGAAGCCACAGUACUAAAUAAAUCAAAUGGUCGCCCCUCCGAAGAUUUGGAAAUAGAGGUGAAGAGUAACACUAAACGUCAACCAGUUAAAAAUUUCAACGAUGUCAACAAACUGUCAUCACUGUUAGGUGUCAAGACGUCGGAAGCAGUUCUAAAUCCCUUUCAAUCACCUUUUCUCCGAAAAGUGUCCAACGAAAGUAGCACCUACAGUUGCACAACUUCGAUUCAGGAAGAACUAAGAAAAGAGGAAACUGUUAAUACAGCGUCGUCAGUGUCAGAAAACUUACCAGAAAGUGACAACGACGCUUCCAGCAGCUCACUUUCGAUAAAUACAAAAUCAACAAAUGAAAAACAGAAUAAUGAUUUAAAAGAAUUCCGAUCUUCACGCUCCACGGCAAGUUCCACCUCUGAAAGUUUGACUCAAAAACCCAGUUCUUCAUGCGAUAAGAAAAGGAGUUCAAAAAGCGACAUAUCAAAACAAUUUUCGCAAACGCCUAAUACAACAAGUAACCAAACGUCAGAAGCAUCAACACGUAAGGAGGAACACAGCCUUAGCGUAACUAAUACAGUUUUGACAUCUGGUCUACCAGCAGAGAAUUCAGAAGGCAAUUCUGUGGAAAUAAGCUCACCUUCUUGUUGCAGCACUUUAACGCUUAAAAAUGACAGAACAAGCAAUUCAAAUCUGCAGGAAGAAGAAAGAAGUGAAAUAAGUAGAAGCUCUGAAACUACUACCAAGUGUAACAAGAUUCUUCAACAAUCUCCGAUUAUUUCAACAACGGAAAACAAUGCAACAGAUGUAAAUAGCGAGCAAGAAGGGCCGCAGAGGAAAAGACCUGGGGGCAUUCUUGCUAAAAAUGAAAGGAGCAGAUCUUGUUCUGUGAGUGCACUUCGUCGGAGGAAGCCACGUAAGAGUUCAAAUACCAAGAACAAAGUCACAACUGCAGACCCUUUCUUCCAGAAUCAAAAAGACAAUGAGGUGAACUUCUCAGACCUCCCGCUGUAUCAAGAAGCCCACUUGCGUUUAUUAGGCGGGUUACUAAAGAGUAACGACGAAAAAACUGCGGUCGCAGAAGUCUUACGACUGCAUAUGAGUCUUCUGAAAUCUGAGGUACAACGAGAAUUACAAGCACUCAGAGAGUGGGACCGAUUGAUGAGCGAUUUAGAACAACAAACAAAUGUUAUAUCUUUCGACAACUUACGAGAAAUCCUCAGGGGCUAUGAGUACUAA